AUGGCAACGCCAUUGACCAAGGCCACCGGCAGCUCGAGCCGCCAGUGGCAUUGCAGCUGGCGACUAGGGACGCGACGCGGGAUCUUCUCGCUAUGUCUCCUAAGCGUGCUUCUACUGAUGAUAGUCCUGACCGUAGAAUUCGGCGACGACGACGAUGACGGAGACGGCGGGGUCGCGCGUUCGCAGACGGGCAUCUCCGGCAGCUAUGAUGACCUGGACGACGGGACACGUGGCAGCGGAGGAUUGGACGAGUUCUGGGGGCUGGGUCAGCAGGGGCAGGGCCGGUACUGCCGGGAGCGAGGGCAGCUAGCGGUGUGCCGGCCGCCCGACGCUGUGAUUAUAGCGGAGGGCGAUCUGGGCGCGCGGCUAUCAUCCAUCUGUGCCGCGGCCGCCCUGCUGCCAGCAGCCAACCUCACAACGCUCGCCCUCUGGGUGCCUGAUGCCUUCAUGCCGCACAUCCGCUUCUCAUACCUCUUCACCCUAGCUCCUGCUGCCGCCUCUGGUAACCCCGCCUCUGGUAACCCCGCCUCUGGUAACCCCGCCUCUGGUAACCCAGCCUCUGGUAACCCCGCCUCUGGCGCGUCUGGUAUCCCCCCCCCUCCUGCUGACGUGGAAGGGCGGGCCUUGCGUGCUGCUGCUGGGGAGGCCGGGGAGAGCGGGGAGGGGCUAAGCAAUGGCGGUAGAGAGGGGUCAGGAGGGGGUGCGGAGCUUGGGAAUGCCACGGGGAGAGGGACAGGGGCCAACAACAGCAGCAGCGGAGGCACGGGCGGCAGCGGCAGCAGCAGUAGCAGCGGUGGUGGUGGUGGUGGUGGUGGUGGUGGCAGCAAGGUCGGGGGUGCAGCGCGGUUUGUGUGGGUGGAGGAGGUGAAUGAGACGGCUGCCCACUGGCGCGAGUUCCUUGCACUCACCCACCGACCUGUAAGAUACGACGAGAGGCCUCUCAUUACCAUGAAGGGGUGCAAGGGGGUGCAUUGUGGUGCCACUGUUUCCUCCCUCACGCGCAGCCUGUACCUCUCGCCCGCCUCCAUCAACUGGCUCGUGGACGCGGUGAACCCAUGUGCAUUUGAGCGGCGCAUGGCAGCGUGCAUGGCAGCGCUCCAACCAGCCCCGCCCGUGGCAGAGCUGCUGCUGCAGGAGGACCUGGGCCGCCUCAAGUCCGCCCUCGCCCUCUACCUCGACGACCUCUCUCUAGACGGCUGUCCCGGCUGCCCCAUAUCCGCCACCUCCUCGCCCCACCUCUGCGCCACGCGCCGCGUCGCCAUGUCCUUUCUCAAGCGCCCCUCGCUAGACUUCGCCCUCGCCGCCCGCACCGCCCUCAACGCCGGCCGGAUCUCUGACGCGUUCCACCCCGCCCGCGCGCCCUUCGUGCUCCGAGCCACCCAAUCGCGCGCUGCCACGUCGGGAGGAAACGGGACAGAAGUGGGGAACGGGGCAGAGGUUCGGCAGCUGCUUAUAAAGCAGAAACUCUCACCAGACGACCUCAUGCUGUGUGUCCGGCUGCAGGCAGUGGAGUUGUUUGCUCUCGGCAUGACCAGGGGACUCAUCUCCCUCAAGGGCGGCUUCGCCUCGCCUCAAGCCAUGUUCAUCGCCGCCCACGGUGCCGCCCGCUCCGACCUCUUCCGCGUGCAGCGCCCUGUCUGUGACUCGCCGCCGCUGCUGCCUCUCACCAAGCAGAAAUUGGCGCGCUUCACCAUCAUUGAAGAGUCCCUGAAGCUGGUCUAUUGCGCCAUUCCCAAGGUGGCCUGCAACUCCUGGCUCAUGUGGCUGCGGGCGCGCCUGGGUCUGCCCAACCCAGAGGACCCGCUGCUGGCGCUCAACGAGAAGGAAUGGGGGCUGCACGAGCUAGCUUUGGAUUUCACCGAGGAACAGGCGAUUCGCCUCAUGACCCGUCCAGACUUCUUCAAGUUCACAUUCGUGCGCAACCCCUUCUCACGCAUCGCCUCAGCCUACUCCAACAAGCUCGUGCGCACCGACAGACCCAAGCUCAAGACCGGCACCGGCUGGGGCACCCGCCAGUACUGGAGCAACGCCUUUUUCCAUGCAGUGAAGCCCAUGUACGAAGCAGUCAAGGACAGCACAGGGCUAGUCUCCUUCCCCGACUUUGUCCGCCUCGUUGGCAAGCUGCUGGCCAGUCACCGCGCUGACAUGGAUCGCCACCUGGCGCCGCAGGAGGACAUAUGUGCUCUAAGCUCUAUCAAGUACGACUUUGUGGGGCGAUUCGAGCACCUGGAGGAGGAUGUGAAGACAGUUGUCGACAGGUUCGGCGGCGAGCACCUGGAUGUGUUUAGGUUCGGCAAGGGAGCGCACUUCACGGAUACAGAUCGGCGACUGGCGAAGCUGUAUGACAAGGAUACCUACGAGAGGGUGAAGAAGAUAUACGCUAUGGAUUUUUAUAUUGCCAUGAACAACAUCACUCAUGAAACUCCAAGGGCAUUGUAUGAGAUCGUGCACGAAGCCUGCCACGUCAUCGUCGCUGUCAUCAGCGCAGCAGGCGCCGUCGGAAGGGAGGAAGAUAUCCUGCGAGGACAUUCAGCUGGUGCAGAACCUGAUCGAGCGGUGCUUACAGCUGUACAUGAGUCAGAGGGAGGUUGUGUCCACCCUGCAAUACCAGGCCAAGAUCGAACCCGGCUUCACCAAACUCGUGUGGCAGAAGCUGGAGGAGCAGAAUCCGGACUUCUUCCGGUCCUACCACAUGCGCCUGCGCCUCAAGGACCAGAUUAA